AAAACUCAGCUGUGCGGUGAGUCAUCUGACAGCUGCUGCUCUCGAAUAGAUGCACUUGUUGAAUCAGGUCCCAUUGAGCAGAGGGGACACAGGUUGCUCGUAUCAUCUGAAAACAUUUCACCGACACCUUCUAAAUGAAAGCACACUAAAGAAGCGACCGGGCUACGUCGAUUAAUAAUCUCCCAGUGAGACGCAUUUUCAGGACAGAAGUUUUGAUGUCUGCUCAGCGAUCCUCUCUCUGGUCAUGUCUGCGUGCUGCUCUGAGCUGCGGGCUUGUCAUGCUGGCGGCGCUGCCAGACUUAACCACAGGCAAGAAUUGCUCCCAUCCGAUCAUGCACGAGCAUGGAGGUUUCCGUUGUGAGCCGUCUCCCUGUCGUGGUUUCCCUCAAAAGAGCGCCAUUCGUUUCUUCUGCGAGCCUGGCUACACUUUACCCAAACGCUACCAAUUGUCAAAAUGUCACCAUGGGGUGUGGACUCCGAAAGUGCCUGUCUGUAUGCCACGACCAGAUGGUCAUGGUGAACAGCAAGAAAAAAUCGUCAGCUCUAUUCCGAGUGUUGCUACGACUGCUAUUGGAGUGUCCAUCUUCCUUCUCACCACAACGGCCUGUUUAGUCAUCAAAUCCCGCCUGUUCUCCUGCCGAUCUCAUCGGCGUUCCUCGGAUCAGCUGGAUCUGGUGGUAGAUGGUUUACCAGUAUCUCUUCCCACAUAUGAAGAGGCCAUCUACGGCAGUUGGGGUCAGCGACUCCCGCCAUUUCGUGGUCCCACUCAGCUCCUAUUGGCCCAGGAGGCAUCAGAACACAGUCCGCUAACGUCACUGAUUCGCUCUGAUACAAAUCGUUGCACAGACACAGCCAAUCAGAACACAGAGACUCCGCCUCCUUACGAAGAGGUCCAGUCACGAUCCAGAGACUCAGUGAAUGACAGUGACGGACAGGCCAUGCAAAGUGCACUUCCUGCUGAUAAAAACAACUAAUUAUUGGACUUCAAUGAACUCACCCUUAGCCUUUUUGAUUGUUUGUUUCCUUGCACAGGAGUCCGACUGCGACUUUUCUUUCCGCCUUUGAUUAUGGAUCUCUUUUGGCUUACAAUACCAGUGGAAAAACUGCCGCAGAUGUUUUGUAAUGACCUUAAUGGUCAAAUCUAUUUUGUUUAUAGCUGACGUGCUGCAAUAUUGAUUAUGUCGUUGUUUUCACGGACAAGGUGGAGACGUGGCUAUACCAUUUGCCCUCUGUGAGGGGAAAUAUAGUGUUUAUGGGGAUUUUUAUGAUUGAUGAAUGACUUAUUUAAUGAUUUCUGAGAGUUUUAGUCUGGAACAAAUAUGAUUUAUUUGCCUGAAACGUGAAAAUCAGUGUUUCUCAGAGCAUAUGGGUUGAUUGAAUGUUAUUACCAAACUUUGAAGAUUGUGCCUGUUGACUGAUGGAUUGUAGUAUAUGAUUUUAUUCUGUGUCCUUCCGCCAGAAAUGAUUUCUUGUUUAAUAUAUAUGAUUUCAGAAAAGACUUGAAGUAUGCUUGUUGAACAGACAUUGAAUGUGUUUUUAUGUAACAUUUACAUUAUCUUGUAUAUAGUUCUGCACAAAUAGUAUGUUAAAUAAUGAUACUUUUUCAAACUUUAUGAACAAUGUUUGCUAUUAAAAAUAUUUUAAAUCUU